AUGGCUUCUACCUCUUUCGACCACAAAGCGGUUAAUCCCCUCAGCCUCGGUGCCCGGCGGGCCCAUAUGAAGGCAUUUUUUAUGCACCUUGGUAUCUGGGACAGUGCCGAGGUUGCAAGGACUCGCGAGAAGUGUGUUGACUUGUAUUGCCGGUUCUUGUAUAAGCAGUGGUACACCUCUACCAGCCAGGAAUACUUUGAGUAUCAUGUGGAUGCCCUUGUCUGGGACAACUUUCUCAAACGCAAGGAGCUUCUGACCAAGGCUAGUGAAUGGCCUUGGCCAAAGACCUUGCCCAAGAAACGGUAUGCGACAAUCCAAGUCUCUGCGACCUACAGAGAUUGGCUCCGUCAAAGGUCGCAUGCCGGGAAUGACGGAGAUCGCGGAGAAACCAACUCCCUAGAGGCUGCCGAAGGCCAAGAAAACUGGAUUCCUGCUGCCACUGUCGUUGAUGGACUCUUCGAGGAGGCGAAACCCCAGGAGACGACUUGGAUCGAUCCUUAUGACGAUCCAGAAGAGCCUCUCCUAGUUCGUGAGGACUGGGGGGUCCACAACUGGGAUAAGGUGGAUGUCUGCCCACUCCCAGAUGCGGACCUUUGUGAGAUACUCUGGUGGUGGGUCAUCAACAAAACUCGUCCUGACCCGCUUACUGGCCCCUUUGAGUUGGUCCUUUCAGGCUGUCUUGGUUUUCAUGACCUUGUUCGUCACGACUUUCACAGAAUCGCGACGAACAAGCUUAUCGAUCCGGACAUCGUCAUUUGCUGGAGGGUCAAGGAUGGUUACCCCGUGUCCCUGGUGGUCAGUCCCGUCCCAUCAAUGGAGAAGACAUGGCGUUAUAAGGCCGUCGCCGAUGCAAGGCUGAACAGGGAGAACAUGGAUAAGUCGGUUCCUGAAAUCCAUGCCAUUCUGACUCAACCCCGUCUGGAAGUUCCGCUGUUGAUCGAGGACUGGGUGCGACGAGAGGGCAGCGACAGCAAUACGCUGUUUGCUCGUACUACCCUUGCGCGCAAUACCUGGGCUCUUUUUUCGAUCGAUGAUGGACUGUCCUGGUUCGACGCCUUUUCGGCCAAGAACGGCAAUGACUAG